GGAGUCUGCGUGUCAUAAAGCCCCUCCAUGAAGCAGACUUGGCUCAGUCCGACACGAGGACACGCGUGUGCGAUCAUCCCCAUCAAAGUUUCCCCACAUCCACGAUGUGACCCCUUUUGACCCGACAUGGAGGACUUUUUACCCCGUCCCCACAACACGUCAUGGUCCAACUCCACCAACGCCACCCGUGUCAACGCUUUAAAACGCAACGACGAGGUGGCCAAGGUGGAGGUGGCCGUGCUGGUUCUGGUUCUCCUGCUGGCCCUCAGCGGCAACCUGUGCGUCCUGUGCGCCGUCCGCACCGCCAAUCACCGCCAGUCUCGGAUGCUGUACUUCAUGAGGCACCUCAGCAUCGCCGACUUGGUGGUGGCCGUCUUCCAGGUGCUCCCGCAGCUCAUUUGGGACAUCACGUUCAGGUUCUACGGGCCCGACGUGCUGUGCAGGCUGGUGAAAUACGCCCAAGUGGUGGGCAUGUUUGCGUCCACCUACAUGCUGGUGUUGAUGUCCGUGGACAGGUGCCUGGCCGUGUGUCAGCCUCUCAGACCCGUGCGCACAAGCAGGGACCGCGUGUGCGUGGGCGCGUCCUGGCUGCUCAGUCUAAUAUUCAGUACGCCUCAGGUGUACAUCUUCUCCCUGCGGGAAGUCGGGGACGGCGUGUAUGACUGCUGGGGGGACUUUGUGCAGCCGUGGGGGGCCCGGGCGUACAUAACGUGGAUGAGCCUCAGCAUCUACAUCCUCCCCGUGGGCGUCCUCGCCGUGUGCUACGGUCUCAUCUGCGUGAAAAUAUGGCAGAAUUUCAACCUCAAGACCAGGAGGGAGCACUUCCUGACUCUGGCACCGAAGGGCGCCCGCCACCUGUGUCGGGUCAGCAGCGUCAGGCUCAUCUCCAAAGCCAAGAUCCGCACCGUCAAGAUGACUUUUGUGGUGGUGUUGGCCUACGUCGUGUGCUGGACACCGUUUUUCUUCGUACAGAUGUGGUCUGCCUGGGACCCUGCAGCUCCCAGGGAGGACGCCGCCUUCAUCAUCGCCAUGUUGCUGGCCAGUCUGAACAGCUGCUGUAACCCUUGGAUCUACAUGUUCUUCGCCGGUCCCAUGUUCCAGGGGGUCAUGCAUGGCUUCUUCUGCUGCUGCUGCUCUUGCACACGCCACCAUUUGUCUGCGUCCUCCUACGGCCGCCGCCACAGCAAGGCCUCCUCCAGCUACGCCAUGGAGAAGGCCAGCAGCCAGAGGAGCCUGUCACACACGUCCAGCACACACACUGAGAUAAAAUAGCAACACGUUGACUUCCUAUCGUCAAUGGAGGACCUGGUUUCUGUACAGGUUGCGUGUGAGCUCUGAAAAACUGCAACGGGAGACGCCGACUGUGUAUCGAACCAGCAGCUGUCUGUCACGUUGGGAGAUAUAGCUCUCCACGGCCUGAGCCAUGCAUCUAAUGUUCAACCUAGAAUGGAUUUCCACCAAUAGGGGGCGACAUUCUAAUCGUCCAUUCAUCAUCAAUGGGAAAGACGUCACAGAUAGUAGUCAUGAUGGAAAACGUCCUGAUGGAUCGCCACGCCGUCCUAAAAGAGUCCAACAUUUUAAUAUUGUAAAAAUGAAGAAUGAAUGUUGCAAUGAAAAUACGUAACACUUACACAGGAAUGGAACCAGCAACCACCCGGUUGGGAGACUGAUGGAAAAUGUAAAACAAUUAUUCACCAGUAGG